AAUGAAAGGAUGCAGGCUGUUGUGGAUGCUUUCAAACAUUCUUGGAAUAAUUACAAGAAAUAUGCAUGGGGCUAUGAUGAAUUGAAACCGCUGUCUAAAACAUUCUCUAUGUGGUUCAAUCUAGGCUUAACCAUUGUUGACUCUCUUGAUACAUUGUAUAUUAUGGGCCUUCUGAAUGAAUUUGAAGAGGCGAAAAGUUGGGUGGCGAACAGUUUGAGUUUUGACAGAGGUAGCAACAUCAACUUAUUUGAGUGCACCAUCAGAGUUCUUGGGGGUCUCCUUAGUGCAUUCCAUCUCUCUGGCGAUAGCAUCUUCUUGAAGAAAGCUCAAGAGUUAGGUGACAAACUGAUGCCUGCGUUUGAUACUAGCUCAGGAGUUCCAUUUUCUGAUGUAGACUUCAGCUCGAACCGAGGUCACAACCCAGCCUGGGGUAGCGAGAGUUCAACAUCCGAAGUGUCGACCAUUCAGUUGGAGUUCAUUGAUCUCUCUCGUGUCACCAACGAUCCUAAAUAUGAGAAAGCUGCCAUGCGAGUGACAAAGCACCUACACAACCUGUACAAGAAGCAGGGCUUGGUGCCGAUCUACAUCAACCCGAGCACCGGGGCUUUCAGACAAUCGGCCACCAUCACCUUUGGUGCCAGGGGGGAUAGUUAUUACGAAUAUCUACUGAAGAUCUGGAUGCUUACCGGAGAUUCUGACGCGGCUAGCGACUACAUAGAAGCCAUGAAAGGUAUGGAGGAACUUUUGCUGAGAGAAACUUCAGCUAGCAAGCUUCUAUACGUUGGAGAGUUAUUGGCUGGCAACAAUUUUAGUCCCAAAAUGGAUCACUUGGUUUGUUUCCUUGGGGGCAAUUUAGCCCUGGCAGCUAGCAAAGGUCUUGAAAGGUCAAAGUUCAUGACAUUCGGUCGAAGGCUGACAGAUACCUGUAUAGAGUUCUAUAAUAGAAUGAAGACGGGUUUGAGCCCUGAAAUUGUUCAUUUCAACACGCAAAAAAAUUCCACCAUUCAACAAGAAAUGUUUGUCAAGACAGCAGAUUCACACAACCUGCAAAGACCUGAAACCAUCGAAAGCCUCUUCUAUCUCUACAGACUGACUGGAAAUAAAACGUACCAAGACGUCGGCUGGAAGAUUUUUCAAGCCUUCGAAAAGUAUACAAAAGUAGAAGGGGGCUAUACCUCAAUAGGGAAUGUACAGAACCCCGCAAACGUGCAGCCGAGAAACAAGAUGGAGAGUUUCUGGCUGUCGGAAACGUUGAAAUACUUCUACCUCUUAUUCACUGACGAUCCAAACUACGUCUCACUGAAUGAGUACAUAUUCAACACGGAGGCUCAUUUGAUACCCUUCAGCUAUAGCUCGCCUAGACUCGGCGACUACUUCAAUGACGAUGCUGGAAAGAUAAGAGUAACGAUAAAACCUAAAAAUAGUAAUAAUAAUAAUAAUAAUAACGUUAAUAAUAAUAGUGAUAAUGAUAAUUAUGGUAAUGUGAAUGACGAUCACGAAGAUGAUAACAAUAAAUGA